AUGAUGAGCCCACAGACCUGCAGGCCUUCCCAGGGUACCAAGGAUUUCAGUGGCUGCUCUGCCAUUGGCGCUUCUGGUCAGAGCCGCACCUCCUCCAGGUGCAAGUCAACCUCACGUUGUGGGGCAGGCAGCGCUGCCACGGCCUGUGCCAUGAUCUGCGGUACCUUUGGCAGCAAGAGCCUGCACAGCCUUGGCGGCAGCAAGAAGAUCUCACUCAGUGUGGCUGGAGGAGCUUCCCGGGCUGCGAGCUCAGCACAGGGAUGCUCUGGUGCCUUUGGAGGCAGCCUGUGCGGGCUUGGGCUCGGAGGAAGGGGUCACAGUGGGGGCUUUGGAGGAGGCUCCUUCGGUGCUGGAGGGAGAGCUGGAGGCUUUGUGGGCUCAGGGUGCUCUCCCCUGGGCAUCCAGGAGGUGACCAUCAACCAGAGCUUACUGCAGCCCCUGAACAUGGGGAUUGACCCCCGGAUUGGGGAGGUGAAGACCCAAGAGAAGGAGCAGAUCAAGACCCUCAACAACAAGUUUGCUUCCUUCAUUGACAAGGUGCGGUUCCUGGAGCAGCAGAACAAGGUGCUGGAGACCAAGUGGUGCCUCCUGCAGGAGCAGACGGCUGCUUCCAAAGCCAGUGCUAAUGACCUGCAGCCCUUCUUUGAGUCUUACAUUGGCUGCCUCCAGGCCCAGCUGAGCAAGCUGCAGACUGAGCGAGGCCGGCUGGAUGGGGAGCUGUGCACGAUGCAGGGGGUGGUGGAGGAGUACAAGAAGAGGUAUGAAGAAGAGAUGAACAAGCGCACAGCUGCUGAGAAUGACUUUGUGGUUCUCAAGAAGGAAGUGGACACUUCCUACAUGGCCAAAGUGGACCUGGAGGUCAAAGUGGAAAGCCUGGUGGACGAAAUCAACUUCCUGAGAACCCUCUAUGAAGCUGAGUACAACCGGGCUCUGGCGGAAUCCAACGACAUGUCUGUGGUUCUAUGCAUGGACAACAACCGGCACCUUGACCUGGAUAGUAUCAUUGCUGAUGUCAAGGCCCAGUAUGAAGAGAUCACACAGAGGAGCAAGGCUGAGGCCGAGGCCCUGUACCAGACCAAGCUUGGGGAGCUGGAGACCACGGCUGGCAUGCACAGUGAUGACCUGAGGACCAUCAAGAAUGAGAUUGCUGAGCUCAACAGAAUGAUCCAGAGGCUGCAGGCAGAGAUUGAGAGUGUCAGGAAGCAGAACAACAACCUGGAGACGGCCAUCACUGAUGCUGAGUGUCGUGGGGAGCUGGCCCUCAAGGACGCCCAGGCCAAGCUAACAGAGCUCAGGGAGGCCCUGAAGCAGGCCAAAGAUGACCUGGCAAGAUUGCUGUGCGAGUACCAGGAGCUAACGAGUGUGAAGCUGGCUCUGGACAUCGAGAUUGCCACCUACCGCAAGCUGCUGGAGGGCGAGGAGUGCAGGAUGUCUGGGGAGUGUGAAAACACCGUGUGCAUCUCUAUGAUUCGCAACACCAGCACCAUCGGUUCAGCUCCUGCCGGCCGCAAGAGCAGAGGUGGCGGCUGCAGCAUCUCCAGCUGUGGAGGCCAGAGCAAGGCUGGGGGCCAGAGCCUAGCUGGAGAUCAGAGCAUCCGGUCAACCAGCAGACAAGUCCCUGUGAGCCAAAACUCUGGAUCCAGUGGCACCUCCUUCUCGGCCAGGAUCAUUCAGACCACCACCAGCAGCCAGCGCUCCUACACCAAAAUCUGA